AUGGCUGGCACAUACCAUGACAGUGCUAAGCAUGGGUACGGUUCAGGUGCAAACUAUCUUUGCUUAGCUGACCGACCAACGUGGGGCCAUUAUGCCACUGCUGGAAACAACGAUAUCCGUAUUGCCGGUGUGGAAUACGAAUUUUCAGGAUAUUCAAUAAACGAAGUAGCCGACUUUUUUGGUACCAAUAUCCGCCAUAACGAAGCCCCAUGUGCUGUGUGUCACAGUUCAAGAACAUCCAAUCUGAUGAUACCUGGGCGUACUGAUUGCUAUCCUGGAUGGACAAAAGAAUACAACGGUUUUCUUGUAGGUGCUUACCCAGGUUAUAAUGACGCUACAGAAUUUGUGUGUCUGGACCGAAGGCCUGAAUCCGUUGUCAACAGCGGAAUUGGCGAUGGUGAAAACUUGUUAUAUUUCGUAGAGGCAAACUGCGGCAAGUCACUUGAAUGUCCACCUUAUGUUCAUGACCGGGAACUAGCGUGUGUUGUGUGCUCUGCUUAA